GCCGCCAAAUGGUUUACAGUAAAGUUGUUUAAUCAAAUUUUAAUCAAUACGUAGUUUUUUUUUUUUUGAACGACAAAUUAAUAUGUAGCUAAAUUCCCCUAAGUAACGCUAAAUCGUAAAUGUGGUAGCAGACUUCGUCAAAUAUGAAACGUAUAUAUCCACAAAUGGCAAGACGCUGACUCACGAAACGUGUGCUCUUAUCUUUUUCGGCCCGCACUUCCUGGAAAGCAUCCGCCGCCACCUUUCUCCUUACGUGUUUUGUAAUUCUAUCCUCUAGCUAUCUGCCACAUCAUCUAAAAGUCUUUCUCUUCCUCUCUUUAAAUACACGCGUGACCCCUAAAGCCAAAAACCUCUUCUCUUUCUCAAACUUCCUUUCCUUAUAAUAACCAAGCAAAAGAAACUCAAUCUUCAACCCCUCACCAUGGAGGUACCGGUGAUUAACAGGAUAAGCGACAUUGACGUGGGGAUAAACUCAAUGAACGACCAGUCGUUAUUAUCUCGACCCUUUGCCGUCUCCAGCGUUGGAAAGUUACAUCAUGCUUAUAGUUUCUUGAAAUGUGGCGCUUUAUUGCUUCUUGCAUUUUUUGCUUCAUUCACCAUUACAAAAAUCAAAAACCUAGUCCUUAGGUUAAGACAUGUAGACGUGUCUCUACCUUCCCCAGCUCUUGUCUAUGACUACGACAGCGACUCCGAUUCAUCUUGUUCCUCAGACACCUCAGACGACGAAGACGAGGACCAUGAUAAAGAAGACGACUCCGUCAACGGCGAUUCACGCGUUAAAAGAUUUAGUUAUUACCAAGACAAUGAGGAGAAGGGUAUAAUCGGAAAUGUACCAUGGAUGAUGCGGCGGUGCAGUGGUAGCUUCGGCGACUUAUUGUCAAGCGGAGUCGUGAAGCUAUGGGAGAAUCUUGAUUUAGAAGGAAGUCAUGACGCGGUGGCUUCUUUCUUUAACAAGUACGGAGCUUCCUCGUCGUUGUCUCCGGCGGUUUUCUUAGCUGCGGAGAAGAAAGGAGCCGAAACCGUGGAAGUGAGUGCGUGGGAUGCACGCGACGGUUUCAGGAUGCCGGCUUUGCUCGCGGAAUGGAGGCAGCCGGGGAGGUUACUCGGGAAGAUCGUGAGGGUCAACGCCGGGGGCGUUGACAAGAUCUACGUCGAGGAUGACGUCAACGGGGAGAUAACGGUGGGAGACAUGAGGAUGGUUAACGGUGUGAUGACGGGAUUGACGGAAGCAGAUGUGGGUACAAUGGUGAGACGAAGACGGCGUCGGUGAGGCUGGCGAUUCUCGUUGGGGAGUUUGUAUUAAUGACAGAUGAUUAGUGCUGUCUGGUCUAAUAAAGACUAAAGAUUCAAAAUGAACUGUACAUGACCUCAAACAUUUUUUUUUUGUAAACUAGGGUAGGCCCGCCCUACGGGCGGAUUAACAAAUAAUAUAAAUUACUUAAAAUGUAACUUAUUCUUAACUUAAAUUAAAACUAAUUUUCAUGUUUUUAUUAAAACAAUUUAUCUAUUUAUUUGACUAUUUAUUUUAAAAACAUAAACUUAUUAAUUAUUAAAAUUUUAAGGAAUAUAUUACUUUGCUUUUUAAUGUUUUUUUAAUUUAACUAUUGUAAUAGUUAAAGAUAGUUUUAAAAAAAUU